ACGAACAGUCCAAGCUGAGCGGCGCGAGGAGAGGAACAAGCGAAAAUAAUCAGCUGAGAGGAGCAUCGGGGAUUCCGGUGGUCCCGCCGUCGCUGCCGAUCCAGUUUUGAGGUGUCGCGAGAGGGGCUGUGCAUCGAAUGUGAACUCGAUGCGGUCAGGACGCGCACCAAAGACUGGUCUUCUGCCGGGAGUCAGCAACAUGGCCGCCUUCCCGCUGCUGUUUCCGCUUCUGGCCGGCUGCGUGGCGGCGGCGGUCCACCCUUCCCGCCAUCGUCCUUCGUGCCGCAUCGUGGGGACGAGUGUGGCCUGCAGUGAUUUGAGCCUCACCAGUGCCCCCGCCAACCUCCCGUCAGGUGUCCAAGUGCUGGACCUCUCACACAACCAGCUGCAGAAUCUCAGUCGCGACAGUCUCGCUGACCACAUGGGCCUCCGUCACCUGGACUUGCACGGCAACAAGAUUCACUUCAUUCAGCCCGGACUUUUUGAAGAAAUGAGGGACCUUAAGGUCCUGGAUCUGUCCGGGAAUCGUCUCAAUGUGUUUGCUCAGGCUAAAAUUCACAUCGGACCCCUUUCAGCUGUGAAGUCUCUGGAUCUCUCCAGUAAUGGCUUAUACACAGCGAUGUCAGAUUUCUUUCUCAAUGAUUCUCCUUCACUUGUGGAGCUCUCACUGAACAGCAACAGCAUCACCAAGAUUGCGCAAAACACUUUCAGCGGUGCGUUGUCCCUGAGGAAGAUCAGCCUGCACAACAACGUAAUUUUGGAGAUCGAAGACGGCGCCUUUGACUCUCUUGAUGGCUUGAGUGAACUGGACCUAUCCAAGAACUCCAUCACUUGCAUCACGGACUUCAAUCUCAGCCGCCUGAGAGCACUGAACCUCAGCAGGAACAGCCUGGAGCUCUUCCAGAGUACCAGAUCGGCUGAGCCGUACCACCUCGCCUUUCUUGAUCUCAGUGAAAACAAAUUGCCUUACUUCCCGCUGCUGCCCACAAACAACACUAUCCAACAUCUGGACUUGUCGCGCAACCGCCUGCAGAGUGUCGAAGUGAUGGACAUGGCCGACACAAAGAUGCCUGAGACAGUUUUGACUCACCUGAAACACUUAGACUUAAGUUACAACCGGCUCACAGGCUUGCCGCAAUCCUUCUUUAACACCAUGAUGUCACUGGAGGUCCUGAACGUGAGCAACAACUGUAUCAUCUCAUUUUCUGUCACUGACAAAGACCUCCUUCCCACAGCCAAGAUUGUCAACUUUAGCUAUAACUCCCUACAGAUACUUUUCCUCGGGGAAGGUACUCUGCAGGCGUUGGAGGAGCUCUUCCUGCAAGGGAAUGACCUCAGCACUCUGGCACAUCGAACCUUCCAGAGACUUCCUAGUCUGAACCUCUUGCAGCUCCAGGUGAACAAUUUACGAGUGUGCCCCUCGGAGACAAAAGCAGAUCAAAAUCCUUCAGGUUGUGUCUCGUUCUCUUCUGUUCCAAAACUGAGGUUUCUUUACCUUUCUCAGAACAAUUUGAAGAGUUUGCCUUACAGGGCAUUCGCCAACACCCCUCUCAACCUGCUGGACCUGUCCCUCAACCCUGGCUUGGAGAUACACCGAGACUCCCUGGCCGGUCUCGAGCACUCCCUGGUCCAGCUCUUCCUGAGGGAGAAUAACAUCUCCAUCCUUAACACAGACAUGUCAUCGCUGAGGAGCCUGAAACUGGUCGACCUGUCCACAAACCACCUGACCAGGCUUCCUGCGUGGAACCGAGAGUCAUCCAUCGAGACGCUCAACUUGCACAACAACAGCCUGGUCACGCUGGACCGCACAACCAUGGCAGCGCUAGAACGUUCGCUUAAAACUCUCUAUGUGGGCGACAAUCCUCUCAGCUGCUGCGGAAACCUAGACUUAGUCCGGCUGCUGCAGCACUCAGCCGUGGUGGUGCCCGACAUUGAGGCCGCGACAUGCAUUCUCCGUGAGGACUUGGAACCAGUCAACAUCGAGAAGGUGACUCGGGAAAUGUGCCGAGGGCGAAAGAAAGCCCAUCACAUCAUCGUCAUUGUCGUGAUGGUGUUCUUGGCAGUUAUCGCCUUGGGACUGCUGAUGAAAUAUUGCAAGUCAAGGAAGCGGAAGCGCAUCCGAAGAUUUAGUGCAUGACUUUAACUGAAGGGGUGUACACAUACAAAUGGAUUCUUAAGCUCUUAAACGCAUCUUAAAAUGCAAGAGAUGAUGUUUACCACACAAAUAAGGACAUGUGGUUGUAAAUAUUUUCAUACAUUUACGAUCGUGUCGAGAUCAUUUUUUCGAGACACCCAAUCAUUUGAAUUUAGCUUACAUCGAUCAGAAAAUUGAUGAAACAUUUUUAAAUUGUGUGUGCCCCACUUUAACGAUGGCAAAAAAUAAUUUAGAUGGUAUGUACUUUUAAAGGUCCAGAAUACUUUCAGUCAGUCAGGCAAAUUGUUGCAUCUCUGGGUCAUUUGACUGUAUGAUUUUUCUUACUAGCUUAACACAGCACGAAGACUGGAAUUGAAGGACUGAUAAGGAAGAGAAGUGUGCCACGCAAUUUCAAGCAUGAAGGAUAAUUUAUUCAGCAUUCGUUUUCAAAGUUUGACCAAAACGGUGUCCAUACACGCUGCCAACAUGUAGCGGCUAUUUGAAGGUUUUUCAUCUAUAUCGAAACCAAAUGGGAAAUCAGUUUUAUGGUUUUCAUUUUAAUGGUGACUGGGGAAUGUUCGCCUUCUUAUUGCGUUAUCUUCGCGUAAAGAAUGGAAUGGCUUUGUUCAAAACAAAUGAAAAAGAUUUUUCAAAUUGAACAGUUGGACAAAAGGAACUCCUGAGUGGACCUUUUGAUCUAGCUAGUCUGACGCUAACUCGCAAACAAGCUAACAACACUCCAAAAUGUCAGACAAAAAAAAUUGUGCCCGAAGUAUGACGUCAUAAUCAGACUCCGGCAAGCCAUUAAGUAGUAUUGCACUUUAUGCUUCCUUUUGUUAUUUUGUAUCUGUGAACUCUAGUGACAUUUUUUUUUUUUAAACUUGUAUAAUUUAUUUUUAUAAAUGGAGAUUUUAAUAUACUACCACUGGACUGAGCACUUGCAAUAGCCUAAAACCUGUGACACUGUUUUUAUCCCGAUGAAACACUUUUGUACCUAAGAUUGUGAUGAUGUAAAAUACAAGAUAUUCAUGUAUACACUAACAAUAUGUGAUUAAACAUAAACGCGCACACUUUAUCUUUUUGUAUUCAGCUACUGAGACAAGC